AUGCCCGUCGAAAAGGGCGAAUGGUGGACCUCGCGCGAGGAGGCGCGCGACGUGCUGAUAGAGCAGCUCCGCGACCACCUCAGCGCGGCGGGACACCGCGGCCUGGUCGGCGUCCAUUGGGACAUGACAAUCAUCUGUAUCUCGUGCAUCGGUGCCUCAGAGCCCCGCACGGCGCUGGACCUGCUCGACCAGCUGCCCCUGGAGCCGGGCGACGCCCACAUCUGCACCAGCCGCAUGAGCCGCCAGGAGCGCAUCCACAUCCUUGAGAACCAUGGCUCGCUGUUCCUGAACUGCCUGGCCCGCCCGUCGCUUCUGCGGGGCGUCGGAUACUUUGCUAUCGAUGGGUACCCCAUCCAGGUGCAUGUGCUUGAGGCGGUGAUUAUGCCGUUUGAGCGUGGGAGUAGAUUCACUGGAAGAUUUGAUGAUAUCGUGAACUCAACGCUUGAGCUUGCUGGUGUCGAGUCUGCGAGCAAAUCGUGA